AUGAAAGAUCCAACUGAAUUCCCCCUACUUCAUCUACCAUUGCUUGCUAUAAAGGAAGUUUUGAGCACACUGAGCCCAUUAGAUCUUUUCAACUUCUCCCUGGCCUCUUUAAAGUCCAAAAAAAUUGCAAAGUACUUUUUCAAACAGCACCUGAAAUUGCAAUAUAGGUUGUGGUUAGAUAUUGAAGAAGAGCUCGCAGUGGGAAUCAUUGGAACAGAAAACAUUUAUUACUUUAAGUUAAUAUCUGACAAAACUAAAGAUGGACUUUGUGAAGAGAGAAAAUUAUUCAAGUAUUCAGAAGACCCACUUUCUGAUUUCAAGAAAUACGUGGAGUAUGCAAUCGAUAAUUUUUGCUGGCCAGUCAGUAGCCUUUAUUUUAAUUUGGGGGCAUUCAUAGCUCAAAACAUCUCAAUUAUUGAUUGGCUCAAAUUUCAUGUCGAGCCUUUCAGCUAUUUUUAUUUGAAAAGUAACAUUGUAUCAGAUGAAUAUGUGUCAUACUUCUUAAAUAAUAUCGAAGUUGAUUCAAAUUUAGUACUAGCAACCAAAAUUAGUGAUAACUUCCAACUGGUUUUGCCUCGGAGCAUUGAAAUAUUGGAAAUCCAUCAAUCAGAUUUCGUCACACUCGAUCAACUGUCUAGCUUUGAUUGUGAAUUAAUCACACUUUACAACACUAAAAUAUCGAAUCAAGAGCUCAACCAAUUCUUCAAAAACUGGAUGACAUCGAAGUCUAAUAUCAAUCUUCAAACUUUUUCAAUUCACAUUGAGAACAUGGAAUCACUCGAAACGAUUUUUGAUCUACCCCAUGAAGUUGUGGAUCCAGGAACUGUUCGAACAUUGCGCAGAUGGAUACAUCCAUUUACUGUCACUGGAGGAAUCGAUAUUAAAAGAGACGAUGGCAGAAUUGCUACUUUUUUCAUAGAGCCCUAUAUGGAGUUCUUGCAUCUUGUUAUGCUUGCUCACUAA